AUGAGCGGCUAUACCGAGGAUGAGAAGCUGCGGCUGCAGCAGCUCCGCGCCCUGCGGCGCCGCUGGCUGCGGGACCAGGAGCUGAGCGAGCGGGAGCCCGUCCUGCCGAAACGGCAGCUGGGCCCGGUGGCCUCCUUCUGGGAGCGCUUCCUGCAGCCCGGGGGGUUCUGGCGGCACCAGGUGUACAAGGUCUGCCAGACCAGCGGCUUCAUCCUGACGCGGGUUCUGGUCCCCGCCUGGAUCAUCGCCUACUACAUCAAGUACCACGCCAUGAAAACCCCCCAUGGCAUUGUGAUGUCCCACCCACCCAUCUACCCAGGGGACAGGAUUUUGGAGACAGGAGAAGUCAGGCCAGCCCUGAAGGAAGACCCUCAUGAGCACCACUGAUGGCCCAACACUGGGCAGCAAGCCAGGAGCUACAGCUGCUUCCUCUGCUCCAUAAAAGAGUCCUGAC